AGGGCUUCUGGGAGUUGGAGUCCGGAACGUUUUGAGGGCUGAGGUUGGAGCGCCGCCACAGAGGGUUCUUCUCCUCCUCCGCCGGUGUUCUCUUCGCCGCCUCCGGCCUUCUCUUGUCUCGGACUUCCGAGCGGCCGCCCUUCGCGGGAGGGAAGGGCGGAGGAAGGCUUUUGCUGGGCCUCAGGCCCGGGAAGCGAACCGAGGCCUAGCCGGGAGCCUAAGCACCGGCCUCACGUAGAACGCCGCCCCGGGAAAGAGGCGCCCUCCCGGGAAGGGCCCUUCAGGUAACAGAAUGGGCGACCUGAGAGAUGCCUGCCCUCACCUGGACUCCAUAGGUGAAGUGACCAAGGAAGAUCUGCUCCUCAAAUCCAAGGGAACAUGCCAGUCUUGCGGCGCCGGAGGGCCCAACCUGUGGGCCUGCCUUCAGGUUGGUUGCCCUUAUGUCGGUUGCGGGGAGUCCUUUGCCGACCACAGCACUCUUCAUGCACAGGCCAAAAAGCACAACCUGACGGUCAACCUGACAACGUUCCGCGUCUGGUGCUACGCCUGCGAGAAGGAAGUGUUCCUGGACCAGCGGCUGGCCUCUCCCUCGCCCGGCCCACCAUCAAAAUGCAGCGAACAGGAUUCUCCUCCACUGGCCCAUCCUCUAAAGGCCGUCCCGAUUGCGGUGGCCGAUGAAGGGGAGUCCGAGUCAGAAGACGACGACCUCAAACCAAGAGGCCUUACAGGAAUGAAGAACCUCGGCAACUCCUGUUACAUGAAUGCAGCGCUUCAGGCCCUUUCAAACUGCCCCCCACUCACACAGUUCUUCCUCGAAUGCGGAGGCCUGGUGCGCACAGACAAGAAGCCGGCGCUGUGCAAAAGUUACCAGAAGCUGGUUUCGGAAGUGUGGCAUAAGAAGAGACCGAGCUAUGUGGUCCCGAGCAGCCUGUCCCAUGGCAUCAAGUUGGUCAACCCCAUGUUCCGGGGCUAUGCCCAACAGGACACGCAGGAAUUCCUCCGCUGCCUGAUGGACCAGCUCCACGAGGAGCUGAAAGAACCCGUGGCGGCCGAGGUACGGGACUUGGACUCGAGCGAUGCGGACGACAAGCGGGAGGGCGACCGCAGCCCCUCCGAGGACGAGUUCCUCUCCUGCGACUCCGGCAGCAGUGACCGCGGUGAAGGCGACGGGCAGUCGGGCAAAGCUGGGGGCACGGGGGUGCCGGAAGCAGAGCUGCUGAUCCAGGACGAAGCCGGGCGAGGGAUAUCCGAGAAGGAGAGGCUGAAGGACCGGAAAUUCUCCUGCAGCCACCAGCGCAGCCACUCCGAGCAAGUGGACGAAGAUGCCGACGUGGACACCUCCGUGGAUACCGGGACCAACGGCAGGGCUUCUCCCGACAUCCUCCAGCCGCCCACUCCACGCCCUGCCAGCCCUUCCAGGACUCCAGAGCCAGACAACGAGGCCUAUUCCCGCUGUUCCUCUCGGCCCUGCAGCCCCGUCCACCAUGAUGUCCACGCCAAGCUCUCCAGCAGCCCUCCGCGUUCAAGCCCCGUGAGGUUGGGGCCCUCCUAUGUGCUGAAAAAAGCUCAGAUGCUGGCGUCCAGCAAGAAGAGGAAGGAGAUCCGCUAUCGUAGCGUCAUCUCCGACAUCUUCGACGGCUCCAUCCUGAGCCUGGUGCAGUGCCUCACCUGUGACCGAGUGCGUUUCCUUACCUCUGCGGAUCCAGUCUCUACCACUGUGGAGACCUUCCAGGACCUUUCACUGCCCAUCCCGGGCAAAGAGGACUUGGCCAAGCUGCACUCGGCCAUUUACCAGAACGUCCCGGCCAAGACGGGGGCCUGCGCGGGGGAGAACUACGCCGCCUCCCAGGGCUGGAUCGCUUUCAUCGUGGAGUACAUCCGCAGAUUUGUGGUGUCCUGUAUCCCCAGCUGGUUUUGGGGGCCAGUGGUCACCUUGGAAGACUGCCUCGCUGCCUUCUUUGCUGCCGACGAGCUCAAAGGAGACAACAUGUACAGCUGCGAACGAUGUAAAAAGUUGAGAAAUGGGGUCAAAUACUGCAAAGUUCUCCGCCUACCUGAGAUCCUGUGCAUCCACUUGAAGCGCUUCCGGCACGAGGUCAUGUACUCCUUCAAGAUCAAUAGCCACGUCUCCUUCCCGCUGGAAGGGCUGGACCUCCGGCCGUUCCUGGCCAAGGAGAGCGCCUCCCAAAUCACCACCUACGACCUCCUCUCUGUGAUCUGCCAUCACGGCACGGCUGGCAGCGGACAUUACAUCGCCUACUGCCAAAACGUCAUCAACGGCCAGUGGUACGAGUUCGACGACCAAUAUGUCACCGAGGUGCACGAGACGGUGGUCCAGAACGCCGAGGCCUARGUCUUGUUCUACAGGAAGAGCAGCGAGGAGGCCGUCCGGGAGCGUCAGAAGGUGGUCUCCUUGGCCACCAUGAAGGAGCCCGGCCUGCUCCAGUUCUACAUCUCCCGGGAAUGGCUCAACAAGUUCAACACCUUCGCCGAGCCCGGCCCCAUCACCAACCACACCUUCCUCUGCUCUCAUGGAGGAAUCCCUCCCAACAAAUACCAUUAUAUCGACGACCUGGUGGUGAUCCUUCCCCAGAACGUCUGGGAAUACCUCUACAACAGAUUCGGAGGCGGCCCAGCCGUAAACCACCUGUACGUCUGUUCGGUGUGCCAAGUGGAGAUCGAAACCUUGGCCAAGCGGAGGAAGAUGGAGAUCGACACCUUCAUCAAGCUCAACAAAGCCUUCCAAGCGGAGGAGUCCCCCGGAGUCAUCUAUUGCAUCAGCAUGCAGUGGUUCCGCGAGUGGGAGGCCUUCGUCAAAGGCAAAGACAACGCAGAGCCUCCCGGACCCAUCGACAACAGCAAGAUCGCCGUGGCCAAAGGAAGCGGCCACGUCCAGGUGAAACCAGGAGCCGAUUACGGCCAGAUCUCCGAGGAGACGUGGAUCUACCUCAGCACGCUCUACGGCGGCGGGCCCGAGAUCGCCAUCCGGCAGAAUGUGGCCCAAGUGCAGGAAGUGGAGACGCUCCACGGGGAGCAGAAGAUCGAGGCCGAGACCCGGGCAGCGUGAGGACGAAGGAGAAGGUUGGGCUGGGCCCCGGCUUCUCCUUCGGGAUGGAAGAAAGGCACUUUUUCUAUAUUUUGGAACUCAUACACUGCUGCUGCCGCCUCCG